AUGGACGCCGCAACAGAGAAAAUCUUUGAUGAUGAUUUCAGGUACUAUGGACUCGGAACCCAGUGGCGGUUGCAGUCAUUGGAGGAGCCUCGCGUGAGGGACAGCGCCGCGGGCGAGGAACACAGCAUAUCUGAUCCUAUUUCCGUGGAGCAGUUCCUGCAGGCCGCUACGCGUGAUGUCGCAAGCGUCAAGAACACGCGCCUCCUGUUUGACCAUAACCUCGCCCCAGCAGCGUCAUUGGGUGAUGUCGACCUUGUGGAGAUCGUGAAGAGCCAGCAGCUUGAUGCUUUGCCUCAGUCUGUUGCGCCGCGGUCUCCUCUACCAGCGUACGUGAAGGUUGGGGUCAUCAUCGGCGACCGCCCCAAUGGUGCAAAAAGUAUCUUAAAGGUGUACGAGUUCAACAGUGAGAUGCCGCACUCGAUUGCCAUGGCGCAGACCUUGUUGUCGGGGAGCGGCCACGAUCAGAGUGCGAAGCGCGCCAAAACUGGAGACGAGGCGAACAAGGGUUGGCAGCCCACGGCCGAGGAGAUCACAGAAGGCUUGCGGCUCAUCGAGGCGGAGCGCCCCGAAACCAGUGGGAACGACCAGCUCGAAUGGAUUUUGAAGAAUACGCACUUGGAGAAUGCUCCACUCAAAGGUUGGCCAAAGACUAUCAUAAAGCAGGCAGCCGAUAACAAGUCGAAGUCCACGCAUGCAGCUGAUGGCGAACGCUGGUUCCCCUGGCUCAUCUCUGAUUACGUUGAUGUUCUCCAGAACCCCAUCCUGCCAGCUGUCAUGCCGCUGUUGACCAGCCACGGCUUGUUCUCGGUAGGUUACCCAGGUCUUGGAAAGACGCCACUGGCCGAAACGCUCUCCAUGGCGCAAGGGCGUUUCAAUAUUCGCACUCACGACCGCGAAGCUAAGCAAGCUGGGUUCCGCGUCGGAAAGCACCUGGAGGUGUUCCGCAACCGAGCAGGCGAGGUCGAGUUUGGCGACAUAUGCGACGAUCCUGAUUUGAUGUCCCUGGGCAUCGAGGAGGCUCUGGUGUUUCUGAAUGCUGGCGAGACGGGGCUAGUCACCAGAACCCGGCACAGCCCUGCCAAGUUCAAGAAGGGCUCGUUCAGAGCGAUCCUGAGUAACAUCUUCGACGAAGACAUGGAGCCACCCGCGGGCGACCGCGCGAGCAUCACCUUCGAUGAGCUGCGCAAUAUGAUCGGCCGCUCUUUUGGACCUGUGAAGCCGCAGUUCCUGAUGGCUUUCUUGAAGAGACGCGUUGUCUUAAUAGCUGGGCAGCAUGGCUUCCACCUCCGUCUGCCAGGCGAGAACGAGGACAUGGAUGCCCAUCGUUUUGAUGACGCGCGCCUGCGGAAGGGUGGAGACUGGGCGAAGCCAGAUCACCAGGCAGAGUACGCCUUGUUCAAGGGUGGCGCUCGUCAGCGAUACGAAGGCUACGCCGAGGCCGAGCAGGCUGAGUCCGCCAUCAUCGACAGCUUAUUUUCGAGUUGUUCGGGGGUUCCCGUGGCGGAGGUCGCGAGCCGCUGCAACGAUUCCGCGUCUUCGUUCUUGCAGGGGCGCCAGGCGUCCAGCCGAUUGACGCCAGGACCCACGGCCCCUACCCCGCCGGGAGAAGCCGUCAUUCGGCCUGGCGUUGAUGGCCAGUACGCCGACCUGGGCUACCGCAUCACCAAGGUAGAGGUUACUGCGACUAAGAGAGCGAGGCUUCGCUUUGACCAGUCAGGCGGCGCAGCCUGUGGUAGCCGAGACGACUACCGAGUAGCGGGGAGGGAGCGCGCUGUGAAGGCCGAGGCAAGUGAACGACCUAUUGGAGAGAGUGCCAGGUCGUCGGCCGAGGGAUGCGAUUUGCCCACGCCGACGCGCGCCCCGUGCACCGACGCCGCCGAGGACAUGGCCGAGUUGCAGAAGUUUCUCUGCUCGGCGGCAGCUGACAACAACGGAGAAGACAUCGACCUUCUAAGCCCUAGCUUCUGCGGCGAUCCGAGCGACCUGCUGGAGGUGCAGAAGGAAUUGUGGGCGGCGGCGCGCGACGCCCACCAGUCCGAAAUUGUUUUGACGGCUUGCGAUGACGCUGACGUUGAUGAGCCCCAUGGCAUUGGCUUCCUGCUGCUCGAGUUUGCCACUGGUGUCGCCAAGGAGCGCUCGUGGCGCGACGUGUGCCUGAUCCGCGCUUUGCGGAGUCUGGGCGUUCCACUGCAGCACUGCAGAGACGGCCCAUUCUCCAUCAGCCAGGAGCCGCGCGCGGGGCGCAGCGGGUCGCGUCACCAAUGCAGGGUUUUGAGCGACCUCGACGGGCAUUUCAAGUGCGCGUGCGUCUGUGUUCACCGUGACCGCAGAGAACGGAACUGCAGCGUUCAGAUCGGUCUUGGCCGCGGGGAUUCGCUGGCCGAGUGA